GCUGUCCAUGGCCAGCCGCGAGGACUUAAUGAAGAUGGUGCGGCCGCCCUACUCGUACUCAGCGCUCAUCGCCAUGGCCAUCCAGAGCGCGCCCGAGCGCAAGCUUACGCUCAGCCACAUCUACCAGUUCGUGGCCGACAGCUUCCCCUUCUACCAGCGCAGCAAGGCCGGCUGGCAGAACUCUAUUCGCCACAACCUGUCGCUCAACGACUGCUUCAAGAAGGUGCCCCGCGACGAGGAUGACCCAGGGAAAGGUAAUUACUGGACUCUGGAUCCAAACUGCGAGAAGAUGUUUGAUAAUGGAAACUUCCGUCGGAAGCGCAAGCGUCGCUCGGAGGCCAGCGGCAGCUCUGCAGUGGCCACUGGGACUUCCAAGUCAGAAGAAGGGCUGUCCUCAGGAUUGGGGGCCCGGGUGGGCGCCCCCGAGGGAGAAGGCCCCUCCUCGGUGCUGCGGCCAGCGCAGUCUCCGGAGCCUGAGGGCGCCAAGAGCCCUGGGUCCCCGCCGGGUGGCCCUGUGCUGGCCUCCACCCCCUGCCUCGGUGCCUUCUUCAGCAGCCUCAGCAGUCUCAGCGUCGGCAGCGGUGGGAGUGCCCAGCGCGCCAGCCCUGGUGGCCGCCACCUGGGGGCCCAGGGCCCUCAGCUGCCCUCCAGCAGCGUCUUCCCCGCCACCUCUAUCUCUGAGGCCUCUGCAGACACCUUGGCGCUGGGCACCAGCAGCGGCAGCAGCCAGCGAUCUUCCUACUAUAGCCCUUUCCCAGCCAGUGCCGGUGGGGGCCAGAGCAGCCCCUUCAGCAGCCCCUUCUACAACCUGGGCAUGGUCAACAGCCUCAUCUACCCGCGGGAGGGCUCCGAGGUGUAGGGUGCUUCUCAGACUUGGAGGCACUGCUGAGCAGAUCGAGGUCUGGGGUGGGGCUGAGCUUCUGCAUUUGUUUGAACUGCUGGGUGAUCCCAUGGUGUAACUUCCAGGGAGCAGGGAACCCUCAGACCCCAGCAAACUUUUACAGGUCUUCUGGAGAUGGGCCUCUAGGCAGAAGUCCGACUGCAUUCCGGGGCAGGUAGCCUGCAGCCCUGUGAGGCAGAGACUGGGUCUGGGGCCUUGUCGAUCUGUGCCAGGUGGUGGGCUCAGGGGUGCUUAGUUGGAGCCCACCCUGAAGUCCCUAGGUGGUAAAAAGCAGCUAGCACUUGAAGUCCGUGGUUGGACCCACCAGCCAAAGGCUCUGGAGCAGCUGGCUAUCCCCUGUCCUACAGCUUUCUGAUCUUUUCUAGAAAAGCCAGGUAAUUUGGCCUUUUAUAGGAAACUUCCAACUUUGUGUCCUUGGCCUCCAGUUAAAGUUUGUAUCACUGGAAGCACUACAAUUGUGCAGCGGGUCACCUCUGACUGGUACCUGUGACGUACUGAUUGCCUUAAGGCUGCCCUAGGUACCAAGCAUUGCCCUAGUCUCAACGGGUUUAGCCCACCUUGCCUCACAGGGGUGGCUAUAGAUUCUUGUCCCACACUUGCUGUCUGUGCAAGCGACAUGGACUUCUGAGAUGAGAUGUGACUUGCCCGAGGUCCCAGGGAGAAAAUGGUGGAACUGGGCCUGGCUGCAGAGCUGGAGCUGGUAACCUGUAUCCCAGUUGCUGAGACCAACUGCACCUCCUACCCAAGUCCAAGGCUGAGGUGACCGCUGAGCCAGCUGACCACCAUAGCCUGUCCCUCUUAGCUCCUGUCCUGGGCAUUUCAUUUUGUAGUCAAGUAUUGUUAGAAUUUUAUUAAAUAGGUUUAAAGUGGAAUUUCAUAGCUUUUAAUAUGAUAAACCAUUUGUGGUCAAAUUAAAAAAUAGAUGAUUUUAUUUAUCUUAGCAACCUUUCCUUCAGAGGCAUGGUCCCUUGAGUAACUCUUGCCUUCGCCCUCCCAGGGCCCAGCAGAGACCUGGCACCUUACACGGCAAACACUUGGCCAUUAUUGGUGGACUAGUGAGUUAGUAAGAAAAUGUUAAUUAAAAAUGAAUGAUGGCUGGACGCCCUGGGAACAGCAUUCUAUUCAGAUGAAGAUAGCCUGAGUCCCCUUUGCCAAGAUUUUGAGCCUUUGAUACGAGCAUUUUUUUGUCUGGGGUUUGGAAUUUUCUAGAAACAGGAUCACAUACACAUUGUAAUUAAAAAAAAAAAAAACUGUUUCCUGUGUACUCCUGAAGAUACAAUAUUUUUCAAAAAAAUCUUUAUUUUGAAAUAGAGCAUGUGGAAAAAAUCACGAACUUAUUGAGCUCAAGAUCGUCGCCACUACCUAAAGACAACCAAAGAGACUCCCUACCCUCUACUGUGUGUACAGAAAACCUUUUCUAUGGAUAUUUUUGUAUGUGAGCAAGCAUAUGAACUUUUAUAAAUAUUUUUUCUAGCA